AUGUACAAGUUGCUGAUUUUCUUUUCCUUUUGUCUAAUAUCAAUCGAUGCUCAUGGUUAUCUCUUCGAACCCGUCGCUCGUAGUUCAGCUUGGCUUGUUGAUCCAGCGUUCAAAGAGUGUUGUACUUAUUCGGGACAUAUGGAAAUGUUCUGUGGUGGAAUUGGACAUCAGUGGAAUAACAAUGGAGGAAAGUGUGGCAUCUGCGGUGAACCAUACGAUCGAGCUGCGAAAUUAUUCGAGAAAGGCGGCAGAUUGUACCUAGGUAAAGUAGUUCAAACCUAUGCUCAAGGUCAACAAAUUGAAGUAAAAGUUAAAUUAUCAGCGAAUCAUCAAGGAUAUUUUGAAUUUCGUUUAUGCAGUGUGGAUAACAAUCCCGAUGCCGAUGCUACACAGGAAUGUCUUGAUAAUCAUUUGCUAACAGUCAUUGACUCGAAUUCAACUAAGCAUAGCGAUAUUUAUCGACACGGCUCAGGAAUGAUCACUGUUCGUGUACAAUUACCUUCAAAUCUAGCUUGUCAACAUUGCGUAUUUCAAUGGAAAUAUACAACAGGAAAUAAUUGGGGUAGAGAUCCAAUAACGAAUAAGUCGGGUCCUGGUUUAGGAAAAGAGAAUGAAACAUUUAUGGGUUGUUCAGAUAUCAGUAUUACACCAAAACGAACAACGACAAUUCGUCCACCGAGACUUUUCAUUUCAAAAGCUGCUGCGACUACAACGAAGAAAAGUUCAACAUCGACUUCAGCUGAUUAUUGGAUACUAUUACUUUCGAAAUAUUGGUCCUUGCCACCAAUGAAACAUCAAUCCAAAACAACAACAACAACAACAACAACAACAAAGAUGAGCUCAUUCAAGUCAUCAAAGAAAACAAAAACGAGAACAACCACUCCCAUAACCACUUCAGCUGCCAUUAUCCGUUCCGUCGCACAAAUAUCCAUGUGGUCUUCACUAUUAGUUCCGUAUAAAAAAGGUGAUGAAGUCGUGUAUAACGGUACAAAAUAUCGUUGUGUAACUUCACACCGUUCGUACGCAGGUUCAGAACCCAGUUUGCUUACAUGGGCUCUUUGGCGAAAAGUGACAUAG